UUUUAUCUCGCGACGAAAAGUGGGUCACAUUGAAGGCGCCUAUGCGCACGCUUCGAUUAUCGAUUGAAACGUUACGUGCCUUGGUUCGUACGCUGGAUCUCAUUUAUGCGAACGCAGUGGCCGUGGAUGCUUGUAGCGUGUGAGUUUCUCGCAGUAGGCCAGUGACUGACAUAUCUUUCGUUGGUUUGAUCCGUUCCGGGGUCGCGUGAUUUUUGGAAAGAUGCGGUGAAAUUCGAUGUAGACCGACGUGUGCCUUCGCGAAAAUCGGCCAUUUUGGUAGUGCGUGGUUUGACGAAAACGGAUAGGAAUCACCUCUGGGCAGCUACCCUCGACGGUUGUGCGUGGAAGUGGUGGCAGCUCGGUGUCGCCCACAGGACACAGCCGUUAAAACUGAAAACGAUCGUGGUUGUUGGCUCGGUGAACAAACAGCCUCGACAAAAUGGCAGGAAACGUGGGCAUGGAACAGUUAAUCCCGAUCGUGAACAAGCUGCAAGAUGCAUUCACGCAACUCGGGGUGCACAUGCAACUCGAUCUACCACAAAUCGCUGUGGUAGGUGGUCAGAGCGCUGGAAAAAGUUCUGUUCUCGAGAACUUUGUUGGAAAAGACUUCUUACCUAGAGGGUCAGGCAUUGUAACCAGAAGACCGCUUAUCUUACAAUUGAUUAACAGUACAACUGAAACUGCUGAGUUUUUACACUGCAAAGGUAAAAAAUUUGUUGAUUUUGAUGAAGUGAGGAAGGAAAUUGAAGCAGAAACAGACAGGGUUACAGGCAGUAACAAGGGUAUUUCUAACAUACCCAUAAAUUUAAGAGUAUAUUCACCUAAUGUUUUGAAUUUGACCUUGAUCGAUUUGCCUGGUCUCACAAAAGUACCAAUUGGAGACCAACCUGCAGACAUAGAAGCUCAAAUAAAAGCCAUGAUUUUUCAAUUUAUCAAAAGAGAAAAUUGUCUUAUAUUGGCAGUAACUCCUGCAAACACAGAUUUAGCAAAUAGCGAUGCUCUUAAACUUGCUAAAGAAGUAGAUCCUGAAGGUGUCCGUACAAUUGGUGUUAUUACAAAAUUGGAUCUUAUGGAUGAUGGUACUGAUGCAAGAGAUAUUUUGGAGAACAAAUUGUUACCUCUAAGGCGAGGCUAUAUAGGUGUCGUUAAUAGAAGUCAGAAAGAUAUAGAAGGUCGAAAAGAUAUAAAAAAUGCUUUAGCAGCUGAAAGAAAAUUUUUCCUGAGUCAUCCAUCUUAUCGGCAUCUAGCAGAUAGAUUAGGAACACCUUAUUUGCAACGAGUCUUGAAUCAACAAUUGACAAAUCAUAUCAGGGACACUUUGCCAGCAUUAAGAGAUAGAUUACAAAAACAGUUGCUUACAUUGGAAAAGGAUGUAGAUCAAUACAAGCAUUUUAGACCCGAUGAUCCUGCCAUAAAAACAAAAGCAAUGUUGCAGAUGAUACAACAGCUCCAGUCGGAUUUUGAAAGGACUAUAGAAGGUUCCGGAUCCGCGCAAAUCAAUACAAAUGAACUCAGUGGAGGUGCUAAAAUAAACAGAUUGUUCCAUGAACGUUUCCCAUUUGAAAUAGUUAAAAUGGAGUUUGAUGAAAAAGAAUUGAGAAGAGAAAUUGCUUUUGCCAUUAGGAACAUUCAUGGUAUCAGGGUUGGUCUGUUUACUCCUGAUAUGGCCUUUGAGGCAAUAGUCAAGAAACAAAUCAAUAGACUCAAAGAACCGAGUCUAAAAUGUGUAGACUUAGUUGUGCAGGAACUCAGUAACGUUGUACGCAUUUGUACAGAUAGGAUGUCACGUUAUCCUAGAUUGAGAGAAGAAACGGAACGUAUCAUAACUACUCAUAUUAGGCAACGAGAACAGAUGUGCAAGGAGCAGUUGAUUCUUUUGGUUGAUUGUGAACUGGCAUAUAUGAAUACAAAUCACGAAGAUUUCAUUGGUUUCGCCAACGCGGCAGCCAGUAGCCAUAAUGCAAGUGCACAACAAUCUUCAGAAAAUGCUGUUAAGUCUGGGCGCCAUACAUUAGGCAAUCAAGUAAUACGUAAGGGGUACAUGUGUAUUCAUAAUCUUGGUAUAAUGAAAGGUGGUUCCAGAGAUUAUUGGUUUGUCUUAACAUCGGAGAGUAUUUCUUGGUUCAAAGAUGAAGAAGAACGCGAGAAGAAGUAUAUGCUACCUUUAGAUGGAUUGAAAUUGCGCGACUUGGAACAAGGAUUCAUGUCUCGACGCCAUUUGUUUGCUUUGUUUAAUCCAGAGGGCAGAAAUGUUUAUAAGGAUUACAAACAACUUGAAUUGAGUUGCGAAACACAGGAUGAUGUUGAUUCCUGGAAGGCCUCAUUUCUCAGAGCUGGUGUAUACCCUGAAAAAUCAACGGAGCAAACAAAUGGAGAAGGAGAGGAAGGAUAUGAGGGUGGAUCAGAGGCCCAGUCAUCAAUGGAUCCUCAACUGGAGCGUCAAGUGGAAACCAUUAGGAAUUUAGUAGAUUCGUACAUGAAGAUUGUUACAAAAACUACUCGCGAUCUUGUUCCAAAGUCAAUUAUGCAUUUGAUCAUUAAUAAUGCAAAGGACUUCAUCAAUGGAGAAUUGUUGGCACAUCUUUAUGCAAGCGGUGAUCAGGCUUCAAUGAUGGAGGAGUCGCCCGAAGAAGCACAAAAACGAGAAGAAAUGUUACGUAUGUAUCAUGCAUGCAAGGAGGCACUUCGUAUCAUCGGAGAUGUUUCGAUGGCAACAGUUUCCACUCCGGUGCCGCCACCAGUGAAGAAUGAUUGGUUGGCAUCUGGCGAGAAUCCAAGGUUAUCACCACCAUCUCCUGGUGGGCAAAGACGUGGAGUGACACAGCCACCACCUAUUUCUAGUUCUCGAGUACCACCACCGGUUCCGACAAGUGUCCGGCCAGCACCGGCCAUUCCCAACCGACCUGGACCUGGUGGACCGCCACCGUCGCGUGCUACGCCUGGCCUACCUCCUCCUCUAAUACCAUCUCGUGGGGGUGGUCUACAGCAGAGGGUGACACAAGCUGCGACGCAGGCCGCUGCUAACGCCGCCGUGAACGAGCUGAUGGAUGCAUUCAAGAUCAAGUAAAUAGACUUGCUGUCCAUACUUUUCUAUAACGGAGUUUUACCCUUAACCACCAUUACGAUAUGGGUACCUCUUUAUUUAAGUUGCGCAAGUAGAUUGGUAGACUGUUCAGGGUUGAGAAUGAACACUAAUUCGAUGUCCUUAACUGUUUUCUCGAUAGAAUUUUUAAUAACAAUUUUCGCGCGUAACCGCUAUCAUUCUUUCUUCUUUGCUCUCUCUAUAUCUCAUACUCUCUCGCUCUCUUGCAUGGUCCGAGAAAUUUAAUUAACAGCGAUGAUGAUGAUGAUGCCUUUGAAGAUUGUAUAUCGUUAUAAAUAUACGUGCACACGGAGUUGGGCUUAAUAAAUUUCGGAAUAAAGAUAAGGCGAUUUUGUAAGCAAUGUUGAGAAUUGUUCGUUGGUUGAGACCUUUUCUAUGACGAAUAACAUCUUAUUCGUAUAAACGUAGUUGGAAUAUUUUAUUCGUUAUUCGAAAUGAAAUUUGCCCAACUCUACGGGUGUAUAUGUAAAUACAGUCAAUCCUAUAAGAGUGUUCGUAUCCUCUAUGUCUACUGAAGAAAUUCGUCUAAAUUAAAUGAUAGACUUGAUGUUUCUAAAUAAAGGUUUGAUUAUAAAUAUGUACAUAAAUAGACUUCACACAUAUACACAUUUAUAAUGGAAAAAUUCAUUGGAAAACAUAAAGCCUACCAUUUAAUUUAUAAAAACUUAAUAGAGGAUACAGAUAUUUAUGAGGUUGACUGUAGAUACAGAAAAAAAAGCACACGAUUCCCGUGUGUGUUUGUUGCAUAAUGUAGGAAAUACGGUUAAACGAAUAUCCAUGUCUAUUUGUAACACGUGCAAUUUGCUUCGUGGCAUUCCAUGUAUAUUAAUUCUAAUCCCCUCAGAGAAAGGAUUAACCCUUAGAGAAUCGAAAUAGAUACGCUUUUUACGAAUGUCAAAGUAUAGGGCGUGCGUUGUGUAAUAACUCGAUGAAAUUGCCCGAGGAGAAGUUACAGAAUCUCUUGUAAAAAGGAAGAGUAUAUAAAUAUAAAUUUCGCAUCUGUUUCGCUUGCAACGUUGAAAAAGUUGGGCGGUCAGAGCGGCGAGCGAUCGUCUCGCUGAUAAAUGUAAAAACGCAGAGUCUAUCUUCGCUGUAAUUGUAUCCAGUGAAUCUAUCCUGGAAAGUCUACCAGAACCCUAUAAUGUGAUCAAAGGUAGUUUCGAUUAAACGGUAUUCCGUUUUGCGAACGAGAAACGUUUUUGUAUCAUAAUUAGUCACGGUGAAUUCAUCGAUUGCGUAACAAAAGAUCGUUUCUAAAUUCUAUUUUUCUGUUCCUUUUUUAUUUUUAUUAUUGUUUUUUGUUUUGUUGUUGCGAGAUAAGAAAAAAAAUGUCAUGCUGUUGGGAAAGAGUUGAAAGAUUGUCGGGAAACCGUUCGUUUACGUCGUGCGUAUCGAUCGAUCGAUCGAUCGGUCGAAUCGGCGACAAUUGUGUUGAUACCGAAAUAAGUUUAAGUAUUCAUAAAAAGAAAAGCAAAAAAUAUAGUCACUGUUUCUCUACCUUUUAAGAUGUUCACCGUAUUUAGUUUCAUCUUAGCCGUAAAUAUUAAAUACCGUACGAAGAUAUACAUGUAUACAUACAUGCAUAACUAGCUACUCCCUAUGAAAUAUUAACGACAAAAAAAAAAAACAACGUGCUCAGACAUAGGAUGUGAUAUAGCGUAGAAUGCUUCGAGGAUUUUGCAUGAAAAUCCUGUGAAAACCCACGCUCUCUAUUUCUCUCUGUCUCUCUUUCUCUAAAACAAAAAAAAGGGGUCUAAACUGACACUAACUGAUACCGGAUCAGAAUAAUUAUAACAGUAAUCGUAUUAUCGUUAACGAUGUAUAAUGAAUGUAUAUCACGCGACGGGGGCGUUCAGGAGCUGUGUAUUAUUGUAUUACGACGGAACUUGUCGUUUCCAGGGCUCCUCGACCGUGCUUGGCAAUUUAGUUAAAUUGUACGUGUAUAUAAGGAUGAAUAUAUGAUGCGUGUACCAAAUUCUUGUAAUUAGACGUAAUAAACGCGUCUCCGCGAAGCAACGUGCUUCGAAUCUUGACUUGUACGAUAGUAUCGUAAUAUUUAUAUAUAAUUCAUAAUUAUAUAUAAAUGUAUAAUAUUUCGAAUAUUUUGAAUUAUAUAUAAUUUACAUAUAUAUUUAUAUAUGGAUAUAUAAAUAUAGAUGUACAUAAAUAUAAUUUUGGAUAAGAUUAUCGUAAGGAAACUUCGUGGGGAAUGGAAUGUUCGAUAUUUAUUUCGAAUCAAACUAUCUUUAGAAUCGAUUAAAUAAUAUCCAAAGUGAUGGAUUACCUUUAAACUUCAAACAAAUUCUACAAUAAGUUUGAAAGACAGAGUAAGAUUCUCUAAAUUCUUUGUUGUUUCUUCGUAAUACUUUUUUCUCCCUAUUCACUUAUUAUUAAAUAAAAUUAUUUCCUGUUCAGUUUUUACUGUAAUUAAUUCUUGUAAAUCUCAAGGCUUAUAUAUAUUCUAUAUGGUGGUUACAAUAAACCCUUAUAAGCCAUUUGAGUCAAUUUCUAAAGAAAAUGUAAUGAAACGUAGUUAAAUAUAUCUGACAAUGAGUAUAGUAACUCUACAUUAUCUGAUUGUAAGUGCAAUAAAUACUUCAAAUAACAAAUUUAUUUAAUUACAUGGUAGAUUAAGUAGAAUACAAAGCUAGGUAAAUAUUAUAGUUACACAGAAAAAAGGAAUUCGUCGAAAUAACAAUAAUUCUAAAUCAUGAAACCAUUUCGUUAAUUUAAAAAAAGAAAAAAAAAUGAAAAAGAUCAUGAUGUAAAUCCCUUCUCCAAUUCGUCUUGAAUAUUAUCGAUACUUUAGUUGUUUUUAUCUCAGGCAUAAAUAUUACUUUUAAAAUUGUUUCUUGAAACGGUAUAACAUAAAUAUGUACAUGUAUUAUUCUCGUAUUAUGAAUAAGAUAAUUAUUGCCAUAUACGUUAUGGCUAAAAAUGUUGUGUAACAUAUUAAAGUAACUCAGGCUUAGAAUAUACCUAAUGUAAUAGCUUAACGAAAUUAGGGAGAAUAUUAUUCCAUAUGGUUGUGUGAAAAUCACGAACGCACUGCGUGUUAUACGUUGCUCGUGUAAACAAUAAGAAUAAUGAAAUUACGAAAUGCUAUUUACUAGACUGCGGAUUUGAUGUAUUUAUGAUGUACGCUAAUAUGGAAAAUAU